AAUUUGGGAUGGACGGAGUAUAAUAGUACCUCUGUAUACACACAAUCACACCCUCAUUUAACCAAACCCUAGCCGCGACUUCAUUUGCGAUUCACACCUACGGCCGUCCGGCGCCUGAAAUUCUCAAUCUCCGGCAACAAUGUCGCUCGUAGCAAAUGAGGAUUUUCAACACAUUCUGCGUAUUCAGAACACGAAUGUGGAUGGGAAGCAGAAGAUCAUGUUUGCUUUGACUUCGAUCAAAGGUAUCGGUCGCCGUUUCGCGAACAUUGUUUGCAAGAAAGCUGACGUGGAUAUGAACAAGAGGGCUGGUGAACUUUCAUCUGCUGAAAUUGACAGUUUGAUGACCAUCGUUGCCAAUCCUCGACAGUUCAAGAUCCCAGACUGGUUCCUGAACAGGAAGAAGGAUUACAAGGAUGGAAAGUUCUCUCAGGUGACAUCCAAUGCACUGGACAUGAAACUGAGGGAUGAUCUUGAGCGCCUGAAGAAAAUCAGGAACCAUCGUGGUCUCCGUCACUACUGGGGUCUUCGAGUACGUGGACAGCACACUAAGACUACAGGACGAAGGGGAAAGACUGUUGGUGUGUCUAAGAAGAGAUAAACAUGCUCCAUUCUCAAGCAGUUCUGGCAGAUUGUUCAGUUUGGGGGAAAUUCUAGACUAUUUAAGUUUUUUAUGUUUUGGUAGCAUCUUUGGAUUUUUGGCCUUUAGGUUGUUCUAGGCCCGUAAUAGUAAGCUCCGAACUUCUGAUCGUUCACUUUGUUGUUUGAUAAGGCUUCGAGCUGUCAGCUAAAUUUUGCUCAAUUCUAUGUUCAUGACAGUAAUGUUUGUUAGUUUCAGUGGUUUACUUUCUGCUUUGCACAAUUUGUAUGAAGAGUAGUCUCUCUAUAAAUUUGAUGAAUUGAACAUGUUCGUGAAUUGAACUA